AAUGCUUGCUCGCAUUCGGUUGUAAAUUCUUGAGGGGAACGCGUGCAUUGAACGCGCCCAAGGUGAUUACAUAAAUCUAAAAAACCAUGCAGAAGGCCAUCAAGAAGGAGCUCAGCUUCUCGCUGGACACGCUGGAGCGCUACCGGGCCAAAUACGGACGCAGUGCGUCCUCUGACACGAAUGGGGCUAGCACUAUUCAAAGUUUGCCGGCUCCCGGUGCCGAUAUACUACCGCCUCCACCCUCUACUCCACUGCCAGUCUACACAAAAUCCUCUUCGCCUCCAAAAUUGACCAAGCUGCAGGAGCUCCAACAAAAGAAAGAGGCCUAUAUGAGGGCCAGGGAGCACGAACGGGAAAUGGAGCAGCUGCAGCGUACGGAGAGGAGGCUGGAGGCGGGAAAGGUCAGGACAGCCAGUCCCACGAAGACCUCUCCCACUCCAAGAACUGGGUCCCCUUCGACAUCCUCGAACUCGGCGACAACUGCCGCCACCAAAUCCCCCAGCACAGCUGGCUACUCCAACUGGUCCAGCCAGCAUUCGACACUCUGCUCCCAGCCUUGGGUGGCCAUUUCGGAACUGAUGUACUUCUGCGACAAGUACGAGUUCACCACGUUGAGUACUCGAGAUCUAAAGACACACCAAGAGAUCGUGGCCGAGGUAAGGGCAUUGCUCUCGGGGAAGGCACCUUUUGAUCAGCGCACCCGCUUUCCCGGCAACAUCCACGACCCCGAGAACCUGUGGGUGUGCAUCGGGCGCUGCGCCAGUGUGGAGUACCAUCUCCAGCGCAUCAUUAGUAUCUUCCGGAAGCCCCUCAAUCAGUUGACUCCAGACAAGCAAAGGACAGUACGCCAGAACUUCCAUCUGGCGGUCAGUGAGCUGCGGCUGGACAUCUCGGCUCGGAUCAGUGAGGUGCGACUCUAUGAUCGAUUGGUCUUCGAGCGGGAGUUCCGUCUAGAGUGGCAGGAGGCGGAGGCCUAAAAAAUGUGAAUCAGUGAGGUGAUCAGUGGGUGGACACAGUAACGUUUAUUUGUAACACUUUUCUGGCUGGAACUAGCAGUUCCAGUUCAAAUAUUUUACGGUGCGCGGUGGAAAAAAUGGUUACAAAAAUACACUUGGACACUGGAUACACUGGCGCUUGGAGCAUACGACUACAGUUCAGAGUGUGCGGAGUGCUCCAUUCAUAAAUAUAUAUAUAUAUAUAGCUACAUAUUUCA